AUGAACUUACUUUUACAUGGUUAUUCUAAAAAGAUCCGUCCAGUUCUUGACCAGUCGAAGAGUGUAGACAUGGCGGUCAGUCUGUGGAUAUCCAGCAUCAAUGACGUCAUUGUUGUUGAACAGAAGAUGGUUGUCUCUGCUUACGUGCAGGUCACGUGGAGAGAUGAAAGGUUAUCAUGGAAUGCCACGCAAUGGGGAAUACACACAAUGCAAUUUAUCCAGGGAGAUCUCUGGAUACCAGAUUUGGUUUUGAUGAACGGCUUCAAAACCAUGCAGCCUCUGGGCGGUGAUUCGUAUUUUCUUUCCGUAACAAGUAAUGGUGAAAUAGUCUGGGACCCAUUCAUGGUGUUCGAAUCGAAAUGUGACAUCGACGUGUCCUAUUUUCCUUUCGAUAAACAGACAUGCAGCAUUAUCUUUGGAACCUGGAGUUAUGGUAGAAAUGAAGUAUUUCUCUACGUUCCACCAAACACCAAAGUAGAGUUUCGUGAAGUUGUGGAAAAUAGUAUAUGGGAAGUGACUUCAGCAGAUGCAACCUUUGACCCUGUAUCCAAUAAUAAUGCCGUUACUUUCAUCAUACAUUUACGACGCAAACCACUGCAUUACUUUCUAAACAUGAUUUUACCCAUUGUGUGUUUGGGUGUCCUAAAUGGUUUUGUAUUCAUCAUUCCCGCUGAUGCUGGAGAGAAAAUGGGUUACACAGUGAGCAUAUUUCUGUCGUUUAUAGUGUUUCUUACCAUGAUAAGGGAUGAACUUCCGGUCAACUCUGGCAAUGUCUCCAUAAUGAGUAUUUACGUAAUGAUACAGAUAGGACUUAGCAUGCUGGUUAUUUUUAUAACAUCAUUACAACUGCGAUUACAUCACAGAAAGCCAGAGAGGGAAAUAGGUCAAUUCUGUCGCUCGCUGGUCAGACUUGAGAGGCGUCUUCAAUGCGUGGAUAAAGGUCCCCGUUCUGGCUGCUGUAAGAGACGUGUUCAUACAAUACAGAUCGCAUCUGAAGGAACGUCGGCUACCUCUCUGGAAAAUGAUAUCUCAAGUAAAGCAGAGGAAGUUGUGGAAUGGAUGGACGUCUCCUCCGCUAUAGAUUUCCUUUCGUUCUGGUUUCUAGUGUUUACAGAAGUGGUUGUCUCUAUCGGCAUGUUUUCUUACUCUAUCUCACAGUGGCGUAGUUCUUGA